AUGAGGCAGGUGUCUCUGCCACUGGAUGAUUUGCACGUGUGGGCUCAUUUCAACAACGUGCAGCUUUUCGACACCUUGAUUGAGCCGCACGUUAUCAGAGAGGAUGGUAAUGACAAAGGCGGUGGUCUCCUCGCAAAGGGCGAACACGGUCCAGGAACGCCUCUCGUUGCGGUCCCUCACGACCUGGUUCUCUCGAAAGAGCGAGUUGAGGGUUAUGCGAAAGCAGAUCAGAGCUUACAGGAGCUCCUGGAGGCAGCGGCCCCUCUAGCUCAGAGUCCCCGGACGGCAGUGCUGCUGUUUCUCGUCUACCAGAUGACAAUCAACAACCCUAGCUCUCGCGGCCGUGGACUGGGAUUCGACAACCCCUUUGCGGGCUACGUCAAAAUGCUGCCGCACGCAAUCCUACUGCCGACGUUCUACACGCCCGAAGAAAGGGAACUACUUAUAGGGACAUCUCUCUCAGAAGCCCUUGAUCAAAAGUUGAUCAGUUUGGAACGGGAAUUCGACAAGUUAAGAGCUGCAACUGCAAAGAUCCCCUGGUGCCAAGAGAUUUGGUGGAGUGAAGGGGCAGAUUGCCUGAGCUUCGAAGACUGGAAACUGGCAGAUGCAAUGUAUCGCUCCCGUGCAUUGGAGCUGCCUCACGGCGUGGGCGUUGGCAUGGUCCCUAUCGUUGACAUGGCCAACCAUGCCUCAGACGACCAUUACAAUGCCAGAUUCGAGGUGGAGAAUUACUCAGGAUCCGUAUCGCUCGUCGUACGAGACGACCGGAUUAUCCACACAGGAGAUGAGAUUACCAUAAUGUACGGCUGCGGCGGUGCAUGUGAGAUGCUAUUUUCAUACGGGUUUCUGGAGGAGCACGCGAGCACUGCCAGAGAGAUAUUCCUGACUUUGUCAAUCCCAUCCGACGACCCUUUGCGACUGGCCAAGAUGCGGUUCGCGCAAGACGCGCCAGGGGUCCGCAUCUAUGUGGACGACUCAAAUCAAGUCCGCUGGGACAGUCCCUUUGUCUGGUGGGCAUGCAUCAACGAGGAGGACGGUCUAGAUUUUCGAGUGGAGCAGACUAUCGACGGAGAUACGGAGCUGAAGGCCGCAUGGAAAGACCAUGCGCUUACCACAGACACAUUAUUGCAGUCGAUCUUACUUGCAGAUCGCCUGCGAGACGUAUUCGUCCUGCGAGCGGUCGUCUCGAUCCAAGGAAGGAUCGAAGAGCAAGGAUCACGCCUCGCUGAAAGUGAAGCGUCAUAUAACGCUCUUCGCAGCGACCAAGUUAGAGAUUCGGUAUUUGGGGCCAUCGGGAAUCUUCGGAAGCUGGAGAUGGAGCUCCUGACCAGGGCGUAUGAGACCCUGGAAGCAGAGAAGGUACAGCUCCUCGAAUCUACCGUCGUCCGUGACUAUUUGAGACAAGGCGACGGCGGCACGGAGUUUCUAGAUGGAACCCCAGACGACUUUUCAUGA